AGUCAGUCCACCCUUCCUCAAAUACUCCUCCUGUUCUAAACCAAAUCUGCUCUCCGCUGUUCUUCAAUGGCGGCAUCAAAUUGAGGUAAAGCGCCACAAGGGAAGGCCCAUCUUGUCCUCCUUCCGCUUCCAGCCUCGUCGUCACCCAUGGAUUUAUCCGCCUGCUACUUUCCUGCAAGAAAUUGCAGCGGGAUAGAGUCAAAUAAUUCGUCUCAGGCGGUGGGAAGCGGCAAAGAGAGGAAAAGAGACAGCUGAAUUAAUUGUGUAGGUCUUCAGCUGUCAUCUCCAUUGUUCCGAGUGCGUCGAAUUCGUCGAGAUCCACUCAAUGUAAUCCAAACUUGUCUCCGAAGAUUCCUCCUCUUGCUCGCUAAAUUUCCCCUUCGAAUGCCUGAUUCUAUGUUUAGAAACUAUGUUCCGUUCUCCGCAAGCUUCUAUUUAGCAUUCUGCUGAAGAUUUAACCGACGUCGAAAUCAGGAUGGCGAGAAAAUACAGGAAACCAACUAGUUUUCGUUGCUGCGAUGCAGGAAGCAGAUGCUCGAUCUCGAUUGUGGCAUGGAGUCUCAUUGGUUUCCUCGUCGUGCUUCACUUCCACGGCAUGAUUUCACACACAGACAUUCAUCCUAGAGCAGCAAACAAGGGAAUAAACCACCAUCCAUUGCUGCGUGAGCUACAAGACAUCGAGGAGGAAGCUUUGCCAAUACCUCCUCCAAGGAGACGAACUCCACGUGCAACUAAAAGGAAAUCAAGGCGACCGGUAGCUCCCUGGAUCGAUGAAUUUCUUGACGAGUCUUCGCAAAUGAGGCACAUUUUUUUCCCGUCUGUAAACACAGCCGUGGAUCCGAUGAUGGAUGCUGGCAAUGACAGUUUCUACUAUCGUCCGGGGAGUGUUUGGCUCGACACCGAUGGGAAUCCUAUUCAAGCCCAUGGAGGCGGCAUAUUGUACGAUGAAAAAUCGAAGAAUUACUAUUGGUAUGGCGAGUAUAAAGACGGCCCGACUUAUCGUGCGCAUAAAAAGGCAGCGGCACGGGUCGAUGUGAUCGGCGUCGGCUGUUACUCGUCGAAAGAUCUAUGGACCUGGAAAAACGAAGGCAUCGUUCUUGCAGCAGAAUUAAAGAACGAGACGCACGACCUCCACACGUCGAAGGUGCUCGAGAGGCCCAAAGUAAUCUACAAUGACAAGACGGGGAAAUACGUAAUGUGGAUGCACGUCGAUGACACAAACUACACAAAAGCCUCCGUCGGGAUAGCCAUAAGCGAAUCGCCGACCGGCCCCUUCAACUACCUCUACAGCAAACGCCCCCACGGUUUCGACAGCCGGGACAUGACGUUAUUCAAAGACAACGAUGGCAUCGCUUACCUCGUCUACUCGUCGAGCAACAACACUGAGCUGCAUAUUGGGCCAUUGGACAAGAAAUACCUCGACGUGACGUCGAUCGUGAGAAGGGUUCUGAUAGGGCAGCGUCGGGAAGCACCGGCGGUGUUCAAGCAUGAGGGAAUGUACUACAUGAUCACGUCGGGAUGCUCGGGAUGGGCUCCGAAUGAGGCAAUGGCGCACGCCGCGGAGUCGAUCAUGGGGCCGUGGGAGACGAUGGGGAAUCCGUGCAUGGGUGGGGAUAAGGUGUACCGGUUGACGACGUUUUUCGCACAGAGCUCGUUUGUGUUGCCGGCGCCGGGGAUUCCCGGGCUUUUUGUGUUUAUGGCGGACCGGUGGAAUCCGGCGGAUCUGAGAGAUUCGAGGUACGUGUGGCUGCCGAUGACAGUGGCCGGAGCGGCUGAUCAGCCGCUGGAGUAUAGUUUCGGGUUCCCUUUGUGGUCGAGAGUCUCUAUAUAUUGGCAUCGGAAAUGGAGGCUUCCCGGCAGUUGAUUGGGAAGUCAAUUUGAAAGGUUUAUAGGGAAUAAUACAUACUUACUCCUCCGUCCCAAUACAAUAGUCUUGUUUAUCAUUUUA